AUGGCCACCGAAACGGAGACGCUGUCGCUGCCUCCCACAACGGCCCCAACCGACUUUACAUCGUCUGCGCUUUGCCCGCCGCCGCACAUAAACAACUCCGACCAGGACUGUACAAUGAAUGAGGUACACUCGGUGGACUGGGAUACUAAUAUGACGACCCCGUGUCUUAUGCCCGAGUCCAAAGUAGGCGCUGUUCCUCAGCCGCCGCAGCAGUUCAUGAUGCAUCCUCUGGGUCAGCCGCAGCAAGUUGAAUACAACGAUGACAUGUCUGACUCUGGAAGCAGCAAUAUCAGCAGUAGUAUCUUCAGUCAACAAAGCGUUGAAGAGUCCUGCCGACGAGCUUUGCCUCACUUUCCUAGACCAGCUAUUUCGUUCCCUAUGCCGGCUCUGGAAUUCGAUUUCCGCAUAGCUGUGGCUUUGAAUCCAGAGCCAUCAAGGGUGGAAAACAAGGUCAAGAAAGAAAUCACCACCGUCGCUGCUGGACAAUGGUCUGGCUCGUUUGGUAACGGACGGGUGCUAGCCGGUGGAUAUGAUCUAGGUCAAGCCAGAGGAUUUAGACCCAUCCGUAUCGUCGAAGGCGCCUUUGUCAUGCAAACUACUGAUCAGCCACCCGCCGUUCUCGAGAUGCGAACCCGGGGCUCACUCUCCGGGCCCUGUGAUAUUCUAGACUCGCUUCUUGGACCUGGCCAAUCCAAGGAUAUCGAUCCUCGCCAAUAUGGCUUCCGCAUGUUUGCUACAGUGAAAACGCCUGACAAGCGUUAUGCGGAGAUUGUUAAUUGCGGUUUGUGGGUAGCCAGCGGUAUGUGGUCUGGUGAAGAGCUCAUCAUCGAGUAUGUCAUUCAUUUCCUUUUCUCCUAG